AUGAAAUCAAAUGAACACACCUGCUCGCUUGCCACACUGGCCUCUGCCAAUGCAUUGUCCUGCCAUCAUUCCAUAACCCUGAACUUGGAGAUGUCUGAAGUGUCGAUGCUGCCUGAGGAGACUGAUGAGGAGGUUGACAAGGAGCCACAGAAGAAGACAGAGGGUGUGGAUGACCUCCAUGGCAACACCCUGCUACUACAGUUGCUUGUGUGUGGUGGCAGAUGGCCCACAGAAGGCAGUAGCAGUGGGGUGCACAGGGGUGGCAAGAACAGUCUGGUGAAGCCACCCUACUCCUACAUCACUCUCAUCACCAUGGCCAUCCUGCAGAGCCCUGAGAAGUGGCUGACGCUGAGCAAGAUCUGCAAAUUCAUUAGCAAGCACUUCCCUUACUACUGGGAGAAGUUCCCUGCAUGUCAGAACAGCAUCCACCACAACUCCCUCAGUGACCACUUUGUCAAGAUUCCUCAGGAUCCCAGCAACCCUGGCAAGGGCAACUACUGGAUGCUGGACCCCAAGUCCAUCAACAUGUCUGACAACAGGAGCUUCCUGCACUGCUGAAAGUGCUUCAAGCAAUAGCAGCUCUUGGCACCCGAGCUGCUGCUGCAUAUCACCCUGCUACAGUUAAUGCUUUUCCUUAGACACCUGGAAGAUCCAUUUCCCCCUCCACCUCCUCCAGAUAGCUUUAAGGGGGCAUCAGCCCCAACACCCUCAGAUAGCCCUACUGCAUCCUGGACCAGAAAGCAGGGUGAGGAUAGGAAAAAUAGCUCUUUCCUCUGCCGCACUGAUGGUGAGGACAUAAGCUUCGAUCUGUUCCUGUUGAGGUUCAUAAGUGAAGUUUACUAA